AAUUUCUCGUUCAGAAGUUGAGACUACGGGAGAGACCCAUUUUUUCUCGGCGAGUCCAACUUCGAACAACAACAAUGGAAUCCAGAUCCCGGAGGCGGGUCCUCAUCGACGAUAAUUCUCCUGCCGCCGGAGUUUUGGACCGACACGACGCCGUCGGGACCGCUGACGAUGUGCAGGGACUGAAAUUUCGACCCUCCGAUGGGAAUGUGACCGAAGAUCAGGAGCUCUUCAUGGGCAUCAAGGUCCGUCGAAAAGACUCGCUUCAUCAUGAUUACAAGGGGGAUUACAUUGAUGUUCCCUCGAAUCAAUUCUUGAUGAAAAUCCUGCAAAAGCAAGGUGAAGAGAGUGUGCUUUUUGCAGACAAAGUUUUGAAGUUCACUGCUUCUGGGAAGAUGAAAAGACGGAUUCUUUUAAUAACAGAGUUCGCCAUUUAUAUCGUUGACCCAGAAACUGAUACCCUUAAAAGGAGGGUUGCCCUGGCUGCUGUGGAUAAGAUAUGUUUAAGUGAACUAAGUGAUAACUUCUAUGCAAUUGUAAUUCCAACCGAGUAUGAUAUACUGAUGGCAAGUACUCGGAAAACAGAGAUCGUAACAGUUUUGGUUGACGCCUUUAAGAGUUCCUCUGAUUAUGAACUUGAGAUUGUAUUCUCCAACAGGUUUGUGUACAGUGCAGGUGGUGAACUGAUAAAAGAAGUUCAAUUCGAGGAAGUCGAAGGUGGUGUGAAAACAAGAAUUUCGAGGAAGGAGGAGUGAUUUAUGACUGGUUUCAUUGGUCAGCCUCUUCUUUUAUAUUUGAUCAAAUUGAUGAUUGGAAUUUGAUCUCGUAGAUUCUUCAAGUAUUUGAAUCUGUAUAGAAAUGGAUCGUAAGUUGUAGCUUUUGCAUAUACAUGCCCUUCUUUUCAUC